GCCUGGUCGCGGACCUCAAGUGGCAGAUCCGCUCUCACAAUUUGUGGCCUGCUUUCCAGCUGAGUAUAAAUACGAGAGUGCCUUGCCCCAAGAGCUCCAGGAACCUGCAGCACCCUCGACGGGCUGCAUCCUAACCGCUCUUUCUUGAACGGCAUCCAUAACUUCUUCACUCCUUCCUCACUGCUAGCCAUUAUGCGUCUACCUACGCUUCCUACCGCGCUCGCGGUGGGCGUUGCGUUUGCCCAGCAGACGCAGGCCGCCCGGCAGGUCUUUGCCCAUUACAUGGUUGGCGAUGUCACCGAAGAGCACGUCAGGCAGGAUAUCAUAGACGCAGCUGCGGCUGGCAUAUCCGGCUUCUCGCUCAACAUUGGCGACCCCGGCGCCGACUUCGUCGCGAACACCCUGAGCUACAUGUUCGCGCACGCGUACGAGAAUGGCUUCUACGUGCACAUCAGCAUGGACAUCAUCGCCUCUGGUGAUGCCGACGGCGGCCAUCCUCACUUGUUCGAUGACCUCCUCCGCGGCUACGUCGGCCAUGGUGGGUAUUACCAGGUCGACGGCAAACCGUUCGUUACGACCUUCAGCGAUGGCGGCCUCACGAAUGAUGAAUGGGAUGCGUGGAAACUGGACACCCUGGCAAACAAGCUCUACUUCUGCCCCGACUUCGAUGGCACGCCUGGCUACAACACGAGUGCCGACGGCUGGUGGGAUUACUGGGGGGAUACUGUCGACUGCGUGUUCAGCUGGGACGCGGCUUGGCAGCGUCGCGGCCCCGAAUACGCUGGGUCAGAGAGCCCCGGUUCUAUUGAGAUCGACCAGGCUGUCAUCGAGGACGCCAAGUCGCACGGCAAGGGCUACAUGAUGGGUCUGAGCCCGCUUCAGUACAAGAGCGCUUACUACACGAACGUGUACCGCCCUGGCGAGCUCGCUCUCCCUAAGCGCAUGGAGAACAUUCUCAACAUGGCUCAGCGCCCGGACUAUGUCUGCGUCAUCACCUGGAACGACGGCCCCGAAAGCCACUACAUCGGCAACAUCUGGCCUGAACAGAACACCGACCCCGACCCCGCUCGCUACGUGACCUCCGCCAAGGAAUGGUCGCACAAGGGAUGGCUCCCUCUCAUUCACUCCUUCUCUGACGCUUUCAUCAACGGUGGCGGUCCGUCGUCCAUGUCCGUUCCCUACGGCAACCAGGCCAGCGCCAUUGGUGUGAUGUGGUACAAGUCUGUCAUGCAAAGCACGAACUGUCCCAACGGCGACCACCCCGACGGCUGGGAACUCGGCGCCGACCAGCUCAACUGGGCCGUCGUCGUCGACCCCGGCACCGACACCUCCGGCUGGGUUCUCCGCGCGUUCAACGGCAAGGAGACCAUCGAGCACACGUCCUUCAAGAGCGGUCUGAAUUACGGUGCCUUCGUCCUCGAGACCGGCACACCGCACAUGACACUCUCUACCAACGACGCGAACUACAUCGCCUGGGGCGCUCGUGCUGUGACGACAGAUUGCCCUGACGGCAUCUUUAACAUGAACGAUGUUGUCGUUGCUCUGGACUCGGAGGCUUGUUUCGGCGCUUCUGACGCGUUGACCACUGCGCAGGAAGUUGCUUCGAAGAUCAUCGACGAUUAUUGGAACCCUGUCACGUGCAACGGCAGGGAUUGUCAUCAGGUCGGCGGCUACUUUGAUGGCGACGUUCACUGGCAUGGUGCAAACGGCGCCGAAAGCUACUUCACCCUGAUAGACCUUGCGGGCUCGAACUCGGAUUAUGAGCACGUUGCCGAGCAGUUCGACUCCGCCUACAACACCUGGGGCGCCUCCUCGUACUUCGCUGGUUCGUACGACGAUGCGGGUUGGCAUGCUCUGUACGAGAUCCGCGCUGCCGACUACGAGGGCAGCAGCGACCUCCAGCACAUGGACAACGCGAAGGAGAUCUACAGCUACAUGAACAACUGGGACGAUGAUUACUGUGGCGGCGGAGUCUGGUGGUCCAGCGACCACGACUACAAGAACACGGUCACCAACGGUCUCUUCAUGCAUCUCUCCGCCGCUCUCUACCUCAGGACGGGUACUAGCAGCUACCUCGACAACGCGAAGAAGACCUGGAACUGGCUCAAGAACUCCGGUCUUCGCCGCUCUGACGGCCUCUGGCUCGACGGUGCUCGUCAGUCCGGCAACUCUUGCAACCUCGACUCCAGCAGCCCUUGGACGUACAACCAGGGCAUCGUCGUCUCUGGUCUUGGCGUUCUCUACGCCGCCACCGGUGACGCCUCGUACCUCACUGAGGCUGAGAAGACCAUCGACGCCGUCGUCGCUGGCAUGAGCGAGGGCGGCAUACUUCGGGAGCCUUGCGACGACGCGUCCAGCAACAAUUGUAACUCCGACCAGCAGCUCUUCAAGGGUGUCUUCAUGAAGCACCUUGAGUACUACCUGGACCAGGCAAAUGACAAGGCCAGGACUGCAAAGUACUCUCAGUGGAUUUCUGCCCAGGCGUCUGGCAUCUACCACUAUGCCAUCGGCAGCAGCGGGGAGCCUGGCUCCGUCUGGUAUGCUGCCAACGAUGGCGGUUCUCAGUUCUCCGUCCCCGCCGCCCUCUCUGGCCUCAUGGGCCUCAUCGCGGCUGCCAAGUACGGCGCCGCUUCUUGCUACCAAGGGUAAAUGUGCAUUCUUUGGGCUCAUCUGGACAUUCAAAAACAACAUACUGUACACUCAAGGGUAGUAGUAAUUAUGGUGUAUGGGCAUGUUUGUUGUCAUCAUCUCUCAUUCCAAAUCUCGAUUGCCUCUUCUCUGCGAUAUCCGCG